GCGUAUGGACAGAUGUGUUGGAGGCUAUCGGGGUGUUGGCAGUCAUCGCCAACGGCCUGGUUAUUGGGAUAUCUUCAGAUUUCAUCCCCCGCCUUGUAUACCGCUACAAUUAUGGACCGUGUGCCAAUGGAACGGUCACGGAUACGGAGAGAGAGGUCAUCCACAAAGACCUGGCCGCCAGGAACUGUGUUAUUGACGACAGCAUGCAGGUGAAGAUCUGUGACAACGCCCUGUCCAGAGACCUGUUCCCUAUGGACUACCACUGUCUGGGAGACAACGAGAACAGGCCGGUCCGCUGGAUGGCCCUGGAGAGCCUGCUCAACCAUGACUUCUCUAGUGCUAGUGAUGUGUGGGCGUUUGGCGUGACCCUGUGGGAGUUGAUGACCUUGGGACAGACGCCCUACGUGGACAUCGACCCCUUCGAGAUGGCAGCCUAUCUGAAGGACGGAUAUAGAAUAGCACAGCCAAUCAACUGUCCUGAUGAACUGUUUGCAGUGAUGGCCUGUUGCUGGGCCCUGGAUCCAGAGGAGAGGCCUAAGUUCCAGCAGCUGGUCCAGUGUCUGACUGAGUUUCAUGCAGCGUUGGGGGCCUACGUGUAAAAUCUAGCCCCAGGCUU